AUGGGGCCGCGGCACCUGCUGCUGCCGCUGCUCCUGCUCUGCCUGCACGCCCUGGCCCUGCUGCUGCUGCCCGCGCAGGCAGCCGGGCCCCCCCGCGCCAAGGGCAACCGGACCCAGGGGGCGGCGGCGGCGCGGCGGACCCCCAAGCCGGGCAAGGAGCUGCUGAACCAGACGCUGGCGGGCCCCGGGGUCGCCGCCCCCACGGCUCUGCCCGGGCGCGGCAAAGGCGCGGGGGGCGGCAAGAGCCCCCCCGGGGGCGGGGGCGGCGGAGGGGGCUCGGCCCCGGCACACGAGACGUGCUGGGGGUACUACGACGUGAGCGGGCAGUGGGACAAGGAGUUCGAGUGCAACAACAGCCUCACGGGCUUCCGCUACUGCUGCGGCACCUGCUUCUACCGCUUCUGCUGCAACAAGCGCGCCGAGAAGCUCAACCAGAGCCUGUGCCGCAACUACAAGAGCCCCGAGUGGGCCCACCCCACCACGGCCAGCGGAGCCCUGCCCGCCGACGGCGGCGACGGCGCCGACGGGGACGCCAACAAGUACGACCCGGACAAGGACAGCACCAACGCCACCGUCUACAUCUCGUGCGGGGCCAUCGCCUUCGUGCUCAUCGCCGGCGUCUUUGCCAAGGUGGCCUACGACAAGGCACGGCGCCCGCCCCGGGAGAUGAACAUACACAGGGCUCUGGCUGACAUCUUAAGGCAGCAGGGACCAAUCCCAAUAGGACACUGUGAAAGAGAGACUAUCUCGGCCAUAGAUACCUCUCCCAAAGAGAACACCCCAGUCAGGACCUCUUCCAAAAACCAUUACACCCCCGUGCGCACCUCCAAGAGCAACCCAGGUCACUAUGGGAAGGAUAUUUACCGAAGUGGAGGCCCAGAUCUCCAUAAUUUCAUCUCCUCCGGGUUUGUCACGUUAGGAAGAGGACACACGAAGGGUACAGUGGAAACCAUUUUUUGCUAAAAAAAAAGAUUGUUUUAAAUAAAAAGCUCUAACUCAGCAGUGGGUUCUAAGUGCCCUGAGAGAGCAGUGUUGGACUGCAGGCAGUAGGUUUAGCCCAGGAAAUAUCGCUGCAGGUAAAACACUGUGCUUGGGCAGACCCUUUGAAAUCCUGGCAGGGGAGGAGGUGGGGGGGGAGGGUAGAGUCAGCCAAAGUCCAGAUUCCAGACUCUGCCUGUGCAGUUGGACUGUUCAUACAGCUUUUGUGUUUUCCUGGGUGCAUGGUUGCAACCCCCCCCUCGUUCCUGUACUCCCAGAUGGAAGGGAAAGGGUGUACAGCUGGCCCAGGGCAGGCAGUGACCACUUCCAGAGAGUCUUUCUGGAGUUCUUUUGUUUGACUUCUGGGCUUUUAUUUUUUUUUUUAAUUUAUUUAAUUUUAUUUUUUUUGGUGGGGGGGUGGUGGUGAGGGGUGUAUGAUGAAUAUUUUAUAAAGUUCUUUCCUUUUUAGCUCCUGAAACAUAUAUUUUAUGUGUUCAUAUAUAACCUGUGAUAUAAUGUACAAACAGGAAAACACAAAAAAUAUACAUAUACUGCUCUGUGUACGUUCUGUGUAUAUGUACUGUAUAUAAAAUACAUGUUGAGAGCCAGCUGGAGCUCUAUAAGACAAGUAACCACCUGUCCCAGGAGUCCUGGUGACACCAAAGCUGUGAGCUCUGACCCAGCUGGGCACCAGAACCCCCAAUGAAUGUUCAUUUGACGAACCUUGUUGCCUGCUUUGGUGAGUUUUUAGAGUGUACAGUGAGACUGUGUUCGGAGCAUCCCUCUGUCCCUGCCCCAGCCACCCUGGCAGUGCCACUGGGCUGUGCCACUGGGGGUGCAUGUGCCGGUCCCUGUCUGGUUUUGUGUCCCCCCCCCCCCGACCUCGAGACUGUACUCUCCUCUAGACACAAUGUAUGUGGAGACCCCUCUCUAGACCAAUGUACUGUAUGUGGAGAUGUGUCCUCGUGCUCACCUGGUUGAACGCUCCUGUGUUGUUCCUGUGGAUGACAUGACUCGCAGAUUAUUAAAAGACCUCGGUUUUUACAUUUCCUGCACUUUCUCCAGCUCUCCACGAGUGUCAUCCGCAGUAGUGUUGGUCCUGUAGCACUGUCAGAGAAGAAACAAAUUUAUGUAUAUUGUCUGUGUAUGUCUGUGUGUGCUUAAAUAAAGUUUACUGAGGCU